UUGUAGGUGGAGGCCGCGUAACAGAACAUACAUGUGUUGCAUGUGUUUGGAGUGCGAGAACAACGCUGCGAGGGAAAUGGCAACAGAGCUUUGGCGCCAUCGAUCAGCUCUCCAACUCUGGACGAAGGGUCGCAGAGGCUGAAAGGCAUCAUUGGCUGUUUUCGGUUUGCAGCAGCAUCGCAGCCCGGGAAUGUUUUGGUUUCGGUAGCACUUUAACUUGGAAGGGGAGGAAAAGGCCUUUGCAGACCACAUUUCAUAACCAGGAUGAAAGAUCUUCUGUAAUUAAAAACAAAUCCAAAAUGGGCGACUGGAACUUCCUGGGGGGCAUCUUGGAGGAGGUGCACAUCCACUCCACCAUGGUGGGCAAGAUCUGGCUGACCAUCUUGUUUAUCUUCCGCAUGCUGGUUCUGGGCGUGGCCGCCGAGGACGUGUGGAACGACGAGCAGUCUGAUUUCAUCUGCAACACGGAGCAACCCGGGUGCCGCAACGUGUGCUACGAUCAGGCCUUUCCCAUCUCGCUCAUCCGCUACUGGGUCCUGCAGGUCAUCUUUGUUUCCUCGCCCUCGCUCGUCUACAUGGGCCACGCCAUCUACCGUCUCCGCGCCCUGGAGAAGGAGCGCCACUGCAAAAAGGUGGCGCUGCGCCGUGAGCUGGAGUCGGUGGACGCCGAGUUGGCGGACGCCCGGCGGCGAAUCGAGAAGGAGAUGAGGGGGCUGGAGCAAGGCAAACUCAACAAGGCCCCGCUCAGGGGUUCUCUCCUGUGCACCUACGUGGCGCACAUCGUCACCCGCGCCGUGGUGGAGGUCAGCUUCAUGACGGGCCAGCUGCUCCUGUAUGGGCAUCGCCUGAGCCCGCUCUACAAAUGCGACCGACAACCCUGCCCCAACGUGGUGGACUGUUUUGUGUCGCGACCCACUGAGAAAACCGUCUUCAUGGUCUUCAUGCAGGUGAUUGCCUGCAUUUCCUUGUUCCUUAGCCUCCUUGAGAUUAUGCACCUGGGCUACAAGAAGAUCAAGAAAGGCAUUUUGGACUACUACCCCCAUAUCAAGGAGGAACUGGACGAUUACUACGUCAACAAGUCCAAGAAAAACUCGGUGGUGCAACAAGUGUGUGUGGGUACCUCGGCGGGGGGCCGCAAGGCGACCAUCCCCACGGCACCGAGCAGCUACACCUUGCUGCUGGAGAAACAGGGCAACGGGCCCAAUUACCCACUCCUCAACGCCACGUCUGCCUUUGUGCCGGUCCAGGAGGACCCCGAUGUCAAGCUAGUGGGCUUGAAGGAGGCCAAGGAGGGCGUCCCCAGCCCCACCGACCAGAACAGCAACAACACGAGCAGCGAAACCCGCUCGCCACCCGCCGACAAGGACGUUGAGGAGCUGGACUGCGCCGACUACCCCACUUCAUCCGACCCGCUUUCCACCGCCGCUCUUCCAGUCGUGGCCCGAAAGUCCCGGAGACCGAGUCCGCAAUGGAACUGCUCCACGGUUCUUGAGGGCAACACCUCGGACAGCGGCAACUCCUACCAGGGCGGCUCCAUGAAGCUCCGCGGAGGAAGCGUAAGCGGAAGCGCGGGGCCCCGAUCCAGGAACCUGCUCUCCAAAUCGGACAGCGUGAGGAGGCCCGCCAGGCCCCAGAGCCCGGACUCGGGCGGCGAUGCCAGCUCGGCAUCCCGACGUAGCCAGGAUAGUCCCAGCCCCGCAGCCUCCUCCCCCAACCGCCGGGUAUCGGCGACCAGCAGCGGCGGUAGCAGUUGCAGGCGAGCGCCCACUGACCUGCAGAUUUGACGCGCCAUGUCUGACAUUUUGCGACAGGCCCUAGCGAGAAGUAAUGAAAUACUUCAUGACUGCACUUGAGUAGAUUAUUUGCAUGUCUCGACUUCGGUAUUUCUUUUUCUCAGUAAGAAAGCAGCGGUGGUAAGUAACACAGUACUCUUACUUUGUUACAUUCCUGAAGUAGAUUUUUCAUGUAGCUGUAUUUGAAUAUUUAUUAUAGCACAUAAUUCACUGUAAAGGGCAGACAGGUGUUCCAGUGGUUAGCGCGUUGACCUCACAUUGCAGAGCUACCGGGUUCAAGUCCACCUCCGGCCUUCCUGUGUGGAGUUUGCAUGUUCUCCCCGGGCCUGCGUGGGUUUUCUCCGGGUACUCCGGUUUCCUCCCACAUUCCAAAAACACAUAUGGCAGGCUGAUUGAACACUCCAAAUUGUCCCAAGGUGUGAGCGCGGAUGGUUGUUCGUCUCUGUGUGCCCUGCGAUUGGCUGGCAACCGGUUCAGGGUGUCCCCCUGCCUAUUACCCGAAGACAGCUGGGAUACUUUCCAGCACCCCCCGCUACACUUGUGAGGAUAAAGCGGAUCGGAAAAUGGAUGGAUGGAUGGAUUCACUGUAAAAGGUUACUUCCUACGUUUUACUUCUGGGCUUGAGUACAUUUCAGAAUCUGUACUUUUUUUUUUGCCUUUACUGAAGUACGGGAGUUCAAUCAGUACUACUUCUAUUCACAUUUUAUUUAUUUUUGUUACAAACACAAAUAUCUUAACUGAAGUACAGGGCGUGAGUACUUUUUCCCCUUCUGUUGGCAGGUGACCCUUACUCACCCACAAUGCACUGCUCUCAAGCCCUGAGGGACUUUGAAGGGAACGGCCGGGAAAGUCAGACUCUAAUCGAUAAUGUUUGAGGCAGUUAUUACAUAAGCAGCAGGAAUCAAGUCAAUCUGUUGAACUUUUUCUUUUAAUGUUCUGUUCCCGGAACCUUACGGAAGUGCGAUCAACAACUUCUGAAAUGAAUUAUUUGUAAAUAGGACCAUUAAAGGAAAAAUUUGUAAACCGUCACAUGAAA